GCAAGGGUAAUCAACGCAACUUUUUGCACAGAAUUCGGCCUCCGACAAUCAACGCAACUCAGUGCACCAAAAUUCGUCCUCCGAUAAUCAACGCAACUUUGUGCACCAAAAUUCGCCCUCCGACAAUCAAUUGGAGUUGGAUUCGUCGAUCUUCCUUCGUCAUUUUCAAGAAUGAUCCGAUUCAUACUUCUGCAAAAUAGGCAGGGCAAGACCCGUCUGGCUAAGUAUUACGUUCCUCUUGAGGAAUCCGAAAAGCACAAGGUCGAGUACGAGGUUCAUCGAUUGGUGGUUAAUAGAGAUCCCAAGUUCACAAAUUUCGUUGAGUUCCGAACACACAAGGUCAUCUACAGACGAUAUGCAGGAUUGUUUUUCUCCCUUUGUGUGGACAUAACAGACAACGAGUUGGCCUAUCUUGAGUGUAUUCAUUUGUUUGUGGAGAUUCUGGAUCAUUUCUUCAGCAAUGUGUGUGAGCUCGAUUUGGUUUUUAAUUUUCACAAGGUCUAUCUGAUACUUGAUGAAUUUAUUCUUGCUGGAAAACUCCAAGAAACGAGCAAAAAGGCACCACAAAAUCAGCUCGAACCAAGCGCCGCAGAUAUUCGUUUGUAUGAAGAUCAUGUUUAUCAGGUAAAGGUUCAGUCGCUGAUAGAUAUGGAGAUGUCACUUCGAACCUCGAAAACAAAACUGCUAGCUGGAAUAGAUCUGAUCCGCCGACUGAAGGUAUCUGCACUGGAGAUCGAGAAUGAGAAUAAAUUGAAGAGCAAGCGGUCAAGUGCCAAAUGGUAGAGAAUCUACCGGGCAUAUUGGAGAAAUUAAGAAGCCCCAACAAUGACAGCAAUUAGAAGUGGAAGGAUGGUGUCAUUGCUUUAAGAUGUGAAGUGGGGAAGAUCAGAACUGACUCAUUCAAACUGAAAGAGGAAGUUUCCAGGCUCUCACUAUCAAUACAUUCAACUUCUCAGCAGGGAAACAAAAAAAUAGGCGGCGGCAGACGGGGAAACAAAAAAGAGGAAGUUCCCGGGCUCUCACUAUCAAUACAUUCAACUUCUCAACCGGGAAACAAAAAAAUAGGGGGCGGCAGACAGGGAAACAAAAAAAGAAUAGCCUCUAUUUCAAAUCUAGUUUCAGAUUAGUUUCAGAUCUAGGGACUCCGAUGUUUAACUCUAAUUUCAGGGUCCCUAAACUGAAGGACAAAACAAAUUUGUGUCAGGGUUUGAGCUCCAUUUGUGUAAAGACAAAUUUUGUGAAUAGUCAAGAUUCAUCUCCAA